GCUUGGGGGUGCGGCAGGCGCGGGUGCCGCGUGAUCCUGGGGCGUCUCUGCCGCGCGCUUAGAUACCGGGCGGGAGUCGCCGCUGUCCCGCUGCCGCCCGCGUUCGGCGGCCCGAGCCCCGGGCUGCCUGGCUACUCCCGCAGGCUCUGAGGUUUGAACGGGAAGCUUCAACACUUAGAAGAACCUUCAGAGUGGCUUUGAACCAGACGAGCUGGGAGUCGCUUCAGAACACCGCCUUCAGCAUGCAUCUCCCCCGUCGGGCGUUCCUCGCGAGGAGCUUUUUGAAGAGGUCCUUCUGCAGGGAGCUGGAGAGCUGAUGCUCAUGGAACCAGAUGAGUGGCUUGGACUUUUCUGGUAGAAUUCUCUUGCUUUCUUGUAUUCUCUCACAGAGUUCUAAGAGGUGUGGAGGCGUUCAUGGAACCAAAGGGCCUGCAAGGAAGGGAAGUAGCACUUUCAUGCUGAAUGAAACUCAGCAAGAAACGGCUGUGAGUGAAAACGCUUCAGCCUCCCUCGUCCAGAGACACUGGACUGGGGACACAGAGGAACGGUGACCGCUGGAGAGAGAGAAGUGAGACUGGAAAGGAAACCCAAAUAAAGAGAAUGAGGACAACUGGGAAGUAAAUGGCCGCCUCCAGCUCAGCAGAGACGAAGUCAGCCUCCUGGUGGAAUUAUUUUUUCCUUUAUGAUGGUUCAAAGGUAAAGGAAGAAGGAGACCCAACAAGAGCUGGCAUUUGCUAUUUUUAUCCUUCUCAGACCCUGCUUGACCAACAGGAGUUGCUUUGUGGACAGAUUGCCGGAGUUGUCCACUGUAUUUCUGACAUUUCCGGUUCUCCUCCCACUCUCAUUCGUCUGCGGAAACUUAAGUUCGCCGUAAAGGUUGACGGAGAUUACCUUUGGGUGCUGGGGUGUACCGUGGAGCUCCCUGAUGUCAGCUGCACGCAGUUUCUGGAUCAGCUCAUUGGGUUCUUUCAUUUUUACAACGGUCCUGUUUCUCUGGCUUACAAGAGCUGUUCUCGGGAAGAACUGAGCACCGAGUGGGACACCUUCAUUGAACAAAUUCUGAAAAACACCAGUGAUCUGCAUAAGAUAUUCAAUUCCCUCUGGAACUUGGACCAAACUAAAGUGGAGCCCCUGUUGUUGCUGAAGGCAGCUCUCAUUCUGCAGACCUGCCAGCGCUCGCCUCACAUCCUAGCUGGCUGCAUCCUCUACCAGGGACUGAUUGUUAGCACCCAGCUGCCGCCCUCCCUCACCGCCAAGGUCCUGCUUCGUCGAGCUGCACUUCGGGACCAGAGAACACCUGCAGGAGGGGAGGCCCUGCAGGACCAUGGGGCAGCACUCCCCCUGAAUGUGCAGAUCAUUCCUGUUUUCCUGAGCGAGGAGGAAGCUGUCAGUCUCCGUGAGUUCCCAGGGGAGCUGAUAACUAGUUCUCCUGCGCCUCCAGCCAGACUCCAGGAGCGCGCAUCUGCCCUGAAGGAAGGUGCCACCAGGCAUGUGGAAUCCACGGCCUGGACAGUGGCCACCACCCUGGAGUCCACAUCCCCUGACGUGGCUUGGCCAAAUGGCAGGGGAGAGAAUGGACAUGUGUCUGACCAUCCUGCAGAGCUGCUCGACACGGCCUGGGGAAGGGCUCCUGGUCUCAGCCACUCCCUGGGCAAGCAAGCUGCUUUGUUCAGGGAGACAGAAGACCUGGACUUGUCUGAAAUCCACAUUCCACAAGAUCAGGAAAUGGGAACAUCCUCAGAUUAUUUUGCCUUCCAAUGUGUGUGCGCCCCAGAAGGUGGUGGUCCCCACUGCAAGGAAUCUGUCAGCGACUCUGGCAACCCCGAUCCCAGGCUGCCUGAGACCGUUCCUGUGGGCACAGCCAUCAGUGGCCUCUUCUCUCCCUCCGCUCCGGAGAUGCUCUCCCAGAAUGGAGCCCUAGAACAGUGCAAAGACCUUCCUGGUGACAGCAGCGCAGCCCCCAUUUCCAGGGAAGACUGUCUCUCCAGAAGGACGAGUUGGCCAUUGUCAUCGCCUCGCCUGGAGUCGAGGCAGACAGGAGCUGAGCUUCCCGUGGGUGAUCAAGGCAUGGAACAGGGUGUGGAUGGAGUUCAUGAGAGCUGCUCAGCUCCGCACCUGGAGCGGGGCUCAGGCUCGGCAGACUCUCAGGGCACCCGCCCCCCUGCAGACAGAACUGCCUGUGGGUCCACCCCAGCGUCCCGGACAGGCCUCGUGCGGAUGAACCUCUACACUCACAGUGUUAAAGGCCUGGUGCUGUCCCUGCUGGCCGAGGAGCCUCUGCUGGGAGACAGCGCAGCCCUAAAGGAGGUGUACCACAGUAGCCUGGCGUCCCUGAACGGGCUGGAGGUGCACCUGAAGGAGACGCUGCCUGGAGACGAGGCUGCCUCCACGAGCAGGACAUACAGCUUCGCGCAUCUGGACCGCAUUCAGAACGUGCUGAUGGCAAACCUGCCUCAGGUGGCCACGCCCCAGGACCGCCGCUUCCUCCAGGCCGUCAGCCUGCUGCACUCCGACUUCGCCCAGCUGCCUGCGCUGUACGAGAUGACCGUCAGAAACGCCUCCGCAGCCGUGUACGCCUGUUGCAACCCCGCCCAGGAAACCUACUUCCAGCAGCUGGCGGCGGCGGCGCGGAGCUCCGGCUUCCCGAGCCCACAGGAUAGCGCCUUCAGCCUCCCGGGCAGGGCCAGGCAGAAGCUGCUGAAGCACGGGGUGAACUUGCUUUGAACUGUGCCCGCAGUGGGAUGCUCUGUACCCCGGGACAUGACUGUCAAGUCGAAUGCCAGCAAAGGAAGCUCUGCCUUCUUAAACGUCCUCUAUUGUGUUCUUCUUGGCGUAUUAUUCCCUUUUUUAGGAAUGUAAUGAUGUUUGAGUGAGUGUUGCUCCUUCUUCAGAGUAUUUUUCGGGUCAGCAGACCUAGAGCUCGUGAUAAAGCCCUUCCUUCCACUGGCUGCUCUGUUGGGCCAGGACGGUGCUGUGGCCCUUUAUACCAAAGAGGGGCCGGGCCAGUUAGUUUCCCUGUCACACUGAGCCCAAGGCAGGUGACAGUCCCUGCUGCUGUUCCAGCCUAGUCUUAUCCAGUACCACAAACAUUGAGCUUGGUGUUUUUCCUAGGACCCCGCUGUGUGGUCUAGAGUUUGUCCAGCCCUGUGUCCAGGGGGCGGUAUGAGGUGUGGCCGCACAGGGAGGACAUGGACCGUUGUGCCAGCCACCCGGACUCCCACUUCCCAGCUAGGCCGUCCUCAGAGCAUCCUCCUGGGAGGGCUGGGCACUUCCUGCAGGGAGGCAGUUAGAGGUGCCAGACCACCGUGUUUGAAUUCCUCUGGCACUGGAUUCCAAACCAGGAGCCUGUUCUUGGGCCUCCCGCAGUGGGGGCAAAUCUUCAGAAGGUGCGUGGAAGGGAGUUUGGGGUCAGAGGUAACCUUGAGGUGCCAGGACGGAGAACCGGCGAUGACAGACAGGCUAGCUCCUGUGGUUACAACUGGGCUGUGCAGCCGGUUCCUCUAGAGUGAGUGUCCCCAGAUGGGAGUUUCCAAAGUGUAUGGGAGCAAAAUCAGAACUGUGCUUUCCAGCAGUGUCUGUGUGAACGGGAAGAGCAUUCCUUGGUGGGUUUCCGCGCCGGUGUAGUACUUAGAAUAUCAGUCCUAUUACAUAAGAGUCAGACAUUUUAUGAUCAGAUGCAGGUCACAAGAUGAAAAUAUUUACCACAGUCUUCACUGAAUGUUUACUGGAAGUACCUGAGAUUCCAUUUGAAAUUAUUCCAUUAAUAAUUUCACGUCAGUGAACAAAUAUCUAAUGUUUAUGGAAUGGUGCCUUUUUCUUGAAACAAGUUCCCAAGGGCUAGAAAUAAAACAGCCAGAAAUGCUAUUG